ACCGAGCGCGGCUUGGGCGAGGGCGCCUUUGGGCGCGUCUUCCGCGGCAUCGACGCGGUGAGCGGCGCCCGUUUCGCUGUCAAGAAGCUCAAGGACGAGCUGGUCCGCGGUAACGAUGCGGCGGCGCUCGCGGCCAUGCAUCGCGCCGCAGAGCGCGAGGUGCGAGUGCUCUCGCGCUUCCGGCAUCCGCACAUCGUCAGCCUCCUCGGGUUCGCGAUCUCUGGCGCCGAUCGUUGCCUCGUCUACGAGCUGCUCCCAGGCGGUGCGCUCGACGCCGCGCUGCAGGACGACGGGCGCGCUGGCGAGCUCACCUGGCGUGUGCGCGCGCGCGUGGCGGCGGGUGUCGCCAAGGCGCUCAACUACCUCCACCGCGGCGGCGGCGGCGACCGCUGCUUCCAUCGCGACGUCAAGGCUGCCAACAUCUGCCUGCACGCCGACCUCUCGCCGGCGCUAAUCGACUGCGGCCUCGCCAAGCACAUCCCCGCCGAGGCUGGCGGGCUGCAGACCUCGACGGGCGGCCGCUUUGGCACGCCGGGCUACAUGUGCCCGCGCUACGCCAACGGCGGUGCGUUCGACGACAAGUCGGAGGCGUAUUCAUUCGGCAUCGUGCUGCUCGAGCUGAUCACGGGGGAGGUGCAGAACCAGCGG